AUGUCAAAUAACUACGUUCCGCCGGAUAGCUCGAGCCAAGGAGAAAGAAGCGACAGAUCUGAGCAACACAACGGUCCUCGAAUGGCAACGGCGGCUAGAGCGGAAAUCGUAAUGAGAGAGGUUCAAGUUAUACACCUAACCCCGUGUCUCAGAUUAGAUGGCACCGUAGACUGGGCAAACCCAAACGAACCGAGUGCAGAUUCUGAGGAGCUAGACAAAUCGGAUGAUGACGGCUCUGGUCAUGAAGGAGCAAUCGGCGGACCUCAGCAGCAAAACGGCCGCCAGAUGGCGAGGGAGCCGAUGAAAGUUAUCAUCCGAGAGUAUCCGGUCCAUUCCGUUGAGGCUUCUGGGCAUCUUCAACGUUGGGAACCAGGAAACCUCCAUGGACCUUCCUACCAUAAAGGAUUCAUCCGUAACAGAUUUUCAAGAAACGCCGAAGAACAAGAUAGGAACCAUCACCGUCAAGGAGCUCACGCUGAUCCUGAUGAACAUCGCGACAGUCACCGUGGCCGUCAAGUGGCCGUCAUUUCGCCGAACUCGUACUCCCGAAAAUUCAACCAAAUUCGGGUCGGAAACCCGGUGAGUCGUCAGGAAUGCGUCAACGAUUAUUCCACUAGAGGAAGAAAGGGAAGCUCCAGAUAUGCAGCUGUUCGGGACAACGAUCGAUCCGAUUUUGACAGUCACCGUGGCCGUCCAACCGCGAACAGCACUGUAAAUCGUUCUAACUACGCGCAAGGCUUCUUCAUCGAAAGAAAUCGUCUUGGACACCAGGGUGAAUAUUCCGAUGGAGAAAGAGAGAGAAGCUCAAGAUAUGAAUCGAGAAACAACGCUCAUCGCAGUGAUGGACAGUCUGGAAGCCAAAGACGUCCGACCAGAAGCGACUCAUUUGACGCAAUGGUUAACCAAGCUUAUUAUGAUUUCGCCAUGAACAAUGGUCCAACGCCUAUCCCACCCUACGACAAUAUCAGACGACUGCAUCAAGCAUGCAUAGAGCACCAAGAAAAUCGUCGAGCUCGUCAAAACGGGAAAUUGCCGCCAUAUGAACGACGCUACCGCUACCCAGGAAUAACCCCGGAGCCAAGGCUUGAAUUCGAUUUUUUGAACAAAACAGGCCCCUUCAGACGAACUUGA